AUGGAGAACUACAAUGACGCCAACCCGACAGAGGCCGCCCUUGAGGCCCGCUACCUAGGCAGCGAACCACCAAAAGCCACAUGCUCGAAUUCAGUUCUCAACGCAAUCUGGCACCACAAAUCCAGCCGCCACUUCGCGUCUGAUGCCUUGCCAUCUGGCACCCUGGAAACCCUUAUUUCCGCCGCCCAAAGUGCCUCGAGUUCCUCCAUGCUGCAAGUAUGGAGCGCGGUAGCCGUUCAAGAUCCCGUCCGCAAAGCCGCCGCAGCAAAGCUCUGCGGAGACCAAGACUUCAUCCAGCAUGCACCACUUAUGCUUUUCUUCUGUGCGGAUCUUGAUCGUCUCACAAACAUUUCUGGGUGGGAGAACCAGCCAGGAAAGGCACUAGAUAACACGGACAUGUUUAUCAUGGCGACGAUUGACACCUCGUUGGCUGCGCAAAAUGCUGCUUUGGCUGCAGAGUCGAUGGGGCUAGGAAUUUGCUAUGUCGGCGGCGCACGGAAUAAUGCUGCUCAGCUUUCCAAAUUGCUACACCUUCCAAACAGGGCUAUCGCCCUGUUUGGGAUGGCGAUUGGAAUACCCGACCCUGUCCGUUCAACGAGCAUCAAGCCGCGAUUGCCUCUGAAGGAGGUCCUUCAUAUGGAGACUUGGGAUAAUAGCUCACAGCGGGAAAAUGUCAAAAAAUAUAAUCAGGGUUUAAGCGACUUUUAUGAGUGGCAUCACAUGGGCGGUCGCAAGAGCUGGGCGACUUUUGUCGCAGGUUUGAUGGCGUCAGGGGAAUUGGAUGGAAGGGAGAAGAUAAUGCAGACUUUGCAAGAGACGGGGUUCAAAUUUCACUAA